CUCCCUACCCCCUCCCCCUCCAAAUCCUUCUGGCACUCCGAGCCCUCCUCCUUCCUCCUCGGCCACCGCACCACCGCAGACCUACCAUCAUCCGCCGACGUCGUAAUCAUCGGGUCAGGGAUCACCGGUGCGUCGGUCGCGCGGUAUCUGAAAGAGGAGGAGGGCGCGGCGGGGUUGAGCGUCGUGAUGCUGGAGGCGCGGGAGGCGUGUUGGGGCGCGACGGGGAGGAACGGCGGCCACUGCCAACCCAUAUUUCUCCACCAACCCCCCUCCAUCGGUCGCUUCGAGCUCCGCAACUUCCACUCCGUCGCCACCUACAUCUCUACGCACGCCGUCCCGUGCGAAUUCCGCCCCCGCCCCUCCGUCCGUGCCCUCCACUCCUCCGCCCUCCUCGCCCACGCCCGCGCCUCCGUCGCCGACCUGCGCGCUUCCGCACCUGACCUCGCUGAACACCUCGCUGUCGUUACUGAUCCGGAGCGCCUGAAGGACUACAAACUACGGAGCGAGGUGCCCGAUGGUGAUGAGGCGAAGUGGAAUCCCGCGAAGGGCGCGGUGGUGUGCGAUAUCGCGGGGAGCUUGUGGCCGUACAAGCUAGUCGCGCACAUCCUCGAGGCGUGCGUGACGGCCGGCCGGCUGAACCUCCAGACCACCACUCCCGUCGAAAAAAUCGAGCGGAUUGCUGAUUCCGGUGACAUGGCAGGGGGGCCGCGGUACCGGGUCAUCACGACGCACCGCGGGGCGAUCGAGGCGCGGCAUGUGGUGCUAGCGACGAAUGGGUAUACGACGCAUUUGCUGCCGGAGUUGGCGGAUUUGAUCGUGCCAAGCCGGGGGCAGAUGUCGGCGCUGCGAGCGACAGGUGGGGAGCGGUUGGGGAAUUCUUAUGGGUUUCUGGGGGUGGGCGAUCCGAGAGAUAACGACCAUCCAGACUAUUUGAUUCAGCGGCCGGUAGAAGGGGGCGGGCAGAUGAUGUUGGGGGGUGGAUAUGCGGGGGCAACGAGGGAGUAUGUGGGAGAGGUGGACGAUGGGGUGGUGGAUGAGGGGGUGGCGGGGUAUUUGACGGGGAUGUUGGGGAAGGUGAUGACGGUGGCGGAGGGCCCAUUGGAGGCGGAGUAUAUGUGGACGGGGAUUAUGGCGUAUUCGAGGGAUGGGUGUCCGUGGGUGGGGGCGGUGCCAGGGAUGGAGGGGGUGUGGUUGUCAGCGGGGUAUACGGGCCAUGGGAUGCCGAAUGCGACGCUCUGUGGGAAAGCGGUGGUGGAUAUGCUGUUGGCGAAGGAAAGGGGGUCGUUCGACGAACCGUUCGUGGAUACCAUGGUGCACGCGGGCGAUAUCCCACGGCAGUAUGUCAUCUCGGAGGAACGCAUAGAGAGAGCUAGGCAUCUGCCCAGCGUCGAAGUGCAGAACAAGGAAGGU